GUCGUCGAUCUCUCGAAGCCCCUCCUGCUGUCGACCUUGCGUGCACCCAAAUCUGCUGUACGACGGCCAACAGGCGUCCUACAGGCACCUACUAUGGCGCCAAGUGAAGCUCUAUUUUGUGUUUUUAUUGUCCGAUCUGCAGCAACUCUAACUCACUACGAGUCGGCAUAUGCACGAAUCACGCAACUCAUGGCGACUUCAUGAAAACUCUUAACCGUUCGGGAACAUGGGUUGUCCCCUCUUCGUAUCUUUGAUUUUCUGUACAACAAUACCAUGAUUCAUCUGCGCAGGACAUUCGUCAAGAGGAGAAGCUCGGGCGUCGAGUAGGAAGUGACGUCACGAGGUCUGCACGUGUCGAGCUGUGGCGUAGACUCCCCGCACUGCGGAGUGACGAGAGGCAGCCAGGCUGCCUUUGUACUGUCAUCCGGGAAAACAGCAUGAAGAAUAUCUACAGCGGUGCGAAGCGUCGCGUCCGAGACACAUUCGGGACCCACCCCACAGCUACGGUGCCGGACAAUGCGGCACGCAUACACGAGGAAUUCCCUAGCGAGGGCGACCUGUACUGCUAUCGCAAACAGAGAGGCGUCAACCUCGGCUCUUGGUUCGUCCUUGAGCGGUGGAUCACAGAGACACCGUUCAAGGCGGCGGCAGCACCGGCGCAGAGCGACCUUGAUGUCGCGAAAGGGGAGAAUGCGAAGGGGAUCCUCGAGCGACACUGGGAUACCUGGAUCACCGAGGACGAUUGGAACUGGCUUUCCGCCACAGGUAUCAAUACUGUUCGCAUCCCGAUCGGGUACUACCACAUAUGCGGAGCCGACCCUUCUGUACUUCACUCCACUGACUUCGCCGGUCUCGAUGAUAUAUUCGCGGGCGCAUGGAGCAGGAUAACCAAUGCUCUUUCAACGGCCUAUAAGCAUAAGAUAGGCGUACUCUUCGACCUUCAUGCUGCGCCGGGCAAGCAAAAUGCGGACUCCCACUCCGGGACGUCUCUCGAACCCAAGUUCUUCUCGUCCGCAAAACUAAUGUCUCACACCAUCGACAUACUCGCAACAUUCACUAAGCAUAUCACCGCAUACGGUCGAGAGAAUCAACUCCCAAACCUCAUCGGCAUCGAGCUCCUCAACGAGCCCCAACCCGGGUCCCACAACCAGGCUCUCAAGAAGUGGUACCUCGACGCGAUCCGCGCCGUCCGCAAAGUCAACCCCUACCUCCCCGUCUACAUCAGCGACUCCUGGAUGACCGACCAGUACGCCGACUUCAUUAAGUCGUCCGGGACCGAGUUCACCGUGCUCGAUCACCACCUCUACCGCUGCUUCACACACGACGACAUCAGCACCCCCGCGGCGGAGCACGCGCGCCGUCUCCGCGACCCGAACGACGGCACCGCGUCGUUGUUCUCCCGCACCUCUGGCAAGCUCCGGGAGUCGUGUGCGGCGCUCGUCGUUGGGGAGUGGUCCGCCGCGCUCAACCCUGCUUCGCUGCACGGCGCGGGCGACGAGGUGCAGGCGAAGAGGGCGUACGUCGAGGCGCAGCUGCAGCUGUUUGACCAGCAUUGCGCAGGCUGGUUCUUCUGGACGUACAAGAAGGAGAGCAGGGACACCGGGUGGUCACUCCGGGACGCGGUCGAGGCGGGAGUCUUCCCCACUGGCUUCCGAAGUAUAAAGGGCACGCCCGCGGGAGAGGACUCCGAGAGAGAUGCGAGGAAGCAAGCGGCACAAACCAGCGCUUCAGAACAACAUAAGGCGUAUUGGUCGCAGUAUCCUGGGGAUUACGAGCACUGGAGACUUGAGGAAGGCUUCUCGGCGGGCUGGGACGACGCCUACCUCUUCGCCCGUCAAUGGGCUGAGUUGGGAAGCUUGUUUCUGGAAGAAGUCGGAUUCAAAGGCCCAUGGAUGAAUCACCGCAAGGAACAACUCGAGAGCCGGAUUGCGAGCAAGCAUGUCUGGGAGUGGGAUCACGGUUUCAUACAAGGCUACGUAGCUGCAACAGGGGACAUGACCAACGUUUCGAGCCACUAACCUUCAAAUCG